ACACUAGUGCUGAGUGCCGAACAUUUGUAGGAUUGGUACCUGACUAGUACACGAGGUAAACCAGGUCUUACCAGGCAACCUUUCUUUUGUGAUCCCACUAGCGUGGUUGGUCGGUUGGUUUGUUUUUCUUCCUUGGUUAGACUCCUUGUCUGGUUGCUCGGCGAAGGUGGACGUGGAUUGUUUAUAAGCUACACAAUUGUACGACAUGUCGUCGAUCUGCACAUCUCCUUCCCCUUUUCGCUUUUGCUUCAUUCAUUUUACCUUGUUUACCCUUUCGUACGUAAUUUUGUCCAAUUCAUAUGUUUUAAUGUCUAUGUCCGGAGUCAACAACAAAAGCCAUGUUUCAUCACGUCAGACCUUCAAGGAUAGAGCUAGACGAUGGCCUCAGUCUCGAUAGCGGUCUGGGCAUGGCGUCUCAGCCAUCCUCGCCCAUGACCCCAAAGCACCUCGCAUCUUUUGAGUAUAUGACGAGGAGCUUGUCGCCCACGAACCCAUUCAGCACAAACCCGUUCAGCGAUGAUGCUGCCGCCGGUCUAGACGACCUCUUCCCUGGCGAGGGAAGCCAACCAUCACCAGUACCACAACCGAGCACCCCAUUGAGGGGACUCACUCACCCAUCCACACCAAAGACUCAACCACAACCACACACCAGCCCCCUCCUCACCGCAGACCGCCGGGUAACCAGGACCCUAUCACUCAAACUCGGUCCAGUACCAAAAAAGCGUCGCCAAAGCACCACCCAACUCGCCGAGCAGCUUCACCACGCCAUUGAUAAGAACGAUACCGGCGCAAUCCUCAAGCUCAUCAAAGAGGGCCGCAUCGACCCCAACAUCCAACGGCGGGGAUCAAGCCUACCACCCCUUCAUGAGGCCCUCGCCGCUCGUUCCAUCGAUGCCGCCAACUUCCUCGCCCUCUCAGGCGCAGACCUAGAAGCAACCAACAGGACGAAAGAGACAGCCAUCAUCACCGCCACCAAGAACGGAUUCCCCAGUGCAUCCAUCACCUUACUAUGCGAACUCGGCGCCAAGGUAGAUGCUGUUGACACAUUCGGCCGAUCAGCGCUUCACUACGCAGCAAGCAGCCACGGUUCGGCUUCGUCUCCUCCAUCCUCUUCGUCUGGGAAAUCCAGCGAGGAUGACAAGGUAGAAACGGUCAAGAUCCUCUGCUCCCACGGCGCCAACCCAAACCUGCCAGACGAAACAGGCCACAUGCCUCUCCACCAAGCGGUCCAUAACAUCCACCUAGCCGCAGCCAGGCAACUCCUUGACUGCGGUGCCGACAUCAACGCCGCGACCAAGAGUGGAAGAACCCCUCUUUACUUGGCCAUCGCCAAACGCAGCACCGACAUUGUCUCCCUUCUCUGCGAGCGUGGUGCCGUCAUCAAUCGCUGUGUUGGCGAUUCCAUACCCUUGCUGGCCGCCAUCACGGCGGGUUGUACCGACAUUGCUCGGGUGUUGAUACAGGCAGGUGCUGCCGACCCUAACCUGUCUGGAGGGAAGGGGAACUUUCCCUUGCUUAUGGCUUCGGCACUGGGGAAUGAGGAGUUAGUUGAAAUGCUACUGGCUCAUGGUGCUGACGUUCAUGUGGCGAGCAGCUCGACCGGGAUGACGCCGUUGCAUGUGGCAUGUCAAGGUGGACAUGAGGGGAUAGUGGGCAUGUUGAUCAGGGCCAGGAUGCCAGUGGAUGGUGUAAAUAACGACGGACUGACGCCUCUCGCGCUGGCGGUGGAGGGUGUCCAUGAUGAGAUUGUGCAGAUGCUGUUGAUGCAUGGCCGUGCGGAUCCGAAUCAUACUUAUGCUGAGCAGUCACUGCUCUGGAGGGCUUUGAAGCGACUGAUUGCUGCCGCCAACCUCGCCUCCAGGACUACAAGCAGCCCGGGGACCUCAACAGCGGUAGCUCAUGCCAAGUACGUGACGGUGACUGCGAUUGAGAGGAUCAUCCAUCUUCUGAUAGCGUCCGGCGCCGAUGUCAUUGCUCCGCAGGGCGAGCUCGGGAUCACUCCGCUGCAUGAGGCUUGCCGACUAGGGCUGGACUCGAUCGUCGAGAUGAUGCUCUCCCCACCACAAGGUGCCCACGCAUCCGCCCCGUUCCACAGCGAGAAGCAUGGUCACAGUGGUAUCGUCGAAACACAUCUCUGGUCAGGCCACACACCCCUCUUCUUCGCCGUUGAAGGUGGUCACUUGACCACAACCAAGCUCCUAAUCGAGAAAUACCACGCGGAUAUCAACGCCCGAACAGCAGUUGACGCAACCGUGCUAUGGGCGGCUAUCGGACACCCACAUAUACUACGCUACCUCUUAACCCUGAAGCCUUUGCAAGGACAAGGGGUUAACAGAACGGGAAGUGUCCGCAAGCGGCUAAGGCUGAUGAGCUUUGGGCGCAGUAGCGAAGAUGGGACAUUGGGAGCAGAAGGAUUUGGGGUGAACCAUAGAGAUCAUGGAGGAGCAACGGUUCUUCAUGCUGCCGCUGCGGCGGGUCAGAUGGAAGAUGUGAGGAUACUGCUAAGGAAAGGGGCAAAGCAGUUUGCUGCUCAUGAGGUGUAUGAUGAUUUGGCGGGCAGGAAGGGAGGUACGUACCGACAAGGAACACCGGCUGGGAUUGCCAGACAAAAAGGCCAUGAUAGGAUUGCGGAGAUGAUAGAAGGCUGGCGGUAAAAAAGGGUUUCUUGGUGACUUGGGGGCGCGGUCAGUAAGCGCAUUUGGUUCAGCGCAUAGUCAAAGCACCAGUUUCAAUAUGGUAUUCCCCGCUUCCCUCUCUUUCAGAUCAUCGGUAGUGACUAACGGCAAAGCUUUGAACCUGACAGUGUAGAUGCCCUUUGAUGUUGUGGUUUCC